GGGGGGGGAAUGGAGUAACUGGCGUUCUCGCGAGAGUUGCUUCGUUUCUGGAAGGAUUUGGCGUAAGCGGUGAAGCGUUCCUUUGUCAGGGAAGGAUAAGAUCGAGAAGGUGACCGGUUGUUUUGCAGCUCCCGGUAGCGUCGGAGUUGAACCAAGGAUCUGCUCAGGAGGACAGAGAGAAGGGUGUCAGUGUUUGUAUCUUUUGAGAAUCACAUGUGGAAGAAGAAAUGGAAUAUAUGAAAGAGUAUACUCCCCUUCACCAGGGGAACAUCUUAUGUUGCCAAUGUGGCAUUGCAAUCCCACCAAACCCAGCCAACAUGUGUGUAGACUGUUUAAGAACUCAAGUGGAUAUCACUGAGGGGAUUCCUAAACAAGUCACUGUUCAUUUCUGCAAACAGUGUGAAAGAUAUCUUCAACCACCAGCAGCUUGGCUACAGUGUGCCUUGGAAUCAAGAGAACUUCUUUCAUUAUGCCUUAAAAAAAUUAAGGCUUCUCUUAGUAAGGUUCGGUUGAUUGAUGCAGGAUUUGUAUGGACUGAACCACACUCUAAAAGACUUAAAGUAAAAUUGACUAUACAAAAAGAGGUAAUGAAUGGUGCAAUUCUUCAGCAAAUCUUUGUAGUAGAGUAUAUUGUUCAGUCACAAAUGUGUGAAGACUGCCAUCGAGUUGAAGCUAAGGACUUCUGGAAAGCAGUGGUUCAAGUUAGGCAAAAGACUCUACAUAAAAAGACGUUCUAUUAUUUAGAGCAAUUAAUUUUAAAGCACAGGCUUCACCAGAACACUCUUCGGAUCAAAGAGAUUCAUGAUGGUCUGGAUUUCUAUUUUGCUUCCAAACAGCAUGCUCAGAAAAUGGUGGACUUCCUUCAGUGUACUGUACCUUGUAGAAUUAAAUCAUCACAGCGUUUGAUUUCUCAUGACAUUCACAGCAAUACAUAUAAUUACAAAAGCACUUUCUCUGUUGAGAUUGUUCCAGUAUGCAAGGACAAUGUUGUGUGUUUAUCACCAAAACUGGCUCAAAGCCUUGGUAACAUGAGCCAGAUCUGCAUCUGUAUCCGGGUAACCAGUGCCAUUCACAUCAUUGAUCCAAGUACUCUUCAAAUUGCAGAAAUAGAUGGAAAUACUUAUUGGCGCCAUCCUUUUAAUAGCUUGUUUCAUCCAAAACAGUUAGAAGAAUUUAUUGUAAUGGAUAUCAGUAGGGCCUAUGAACAGAAGCAAAAUGCUGGUGCAGGCAUGAAAUCCAAUAAGCAUAUCCUUGCGGAAGCCUGGGUUCAGAAAACAUCAGAAUUGAAUACAGACCAUCAGUAUUUCUGUCGUACUCACUUGGGGCAUCUUCUGAAUCCUGGAGAUCUUGUAUUGGGCUUUGAUUUGGUUAAUUGUAAUCUGAAUGAUGAAUAUGCAAAUAAGAUGAAUCCCCAUAAUGUUCCUGAUGUGAUUUUGAUUAAAAAAAGUUACGAUCGCACCAAGCGUCAACGUCGCAGAAAUUGGAAACUGAAAGAAUUACAAAGAGACCGAGAUAACAUGGAUACCGAUGAUGAAAGACAAUACCAAGACUUCUUAGAAGAUCUAGAAGAAGAUGAAACAAUUAGAAAAAAUGUCAAUAUUUAUAAAAAUCCAGUGAUACCAGUAGAGAGUGACAUAGAUGAUGAGAGCAUUCCCCAAAUCAGUCUCACUGAAAUGCUUGAAGACCUUCAGAUAUCUGAAGAUGCUACAGGGGGAGAAGGUGCCAAUAUGCUGAUGGGAUAAGUUAGGAGAUCUUGCUAAAUUGGUAUAUUUCCUACUAUUUUAAUAAUUUCAAUAUCUGUUCUUGAGGCUGUUGGUGUUGAUAGGUAUUAACAAAUCUCAAAUAAACUGGUCCUUUAAAUACAUAUCUUACAGCUGGCAAAUGAAUGAAGUUCAAAUUCAAAUUAGGAAGUGAAACAAUUUGAAUCAAGAUUAUUCAUAUUAUUUGAAAAUGAUUUAAAUUUCUUUAGAGUGUAAACAAAAAAACCUGAUUCAACAUGUUGCAGUAAGUUUGAAUGAGAUUUGAUAGUUUAGUAUGCUUUAUGACAUAAGUGUCAAAAUAUAUGAGUCAUAAAAUUAUGAAAUGCAGAUAAUGUAAAGACAUAGAUUAUAAUUAUGGUAUAAUUUAUUUAAUGCAUAUCAUUUGCAUUAUAACAUCAUGCUCCAUGAAAUGUCAUUUCUCUUCUUCCCCAGCUAUUGUAAUUUCUAAAAUUUAUUUAUGGUUUAGGACUGUAUCAGGGGCGGGUUCCAAAUCCUGUCGCUACUGGUUCGCUCGUGCGCGCACACUCGCACAUCACUUCUGCACAUGCGCAGAAGUGUCCGGGGAUGUGGGCGGAGCCUCCCGCCGCCGCUACCAGUUCGCCCAAUUUGGUGCAAACCGGUAGGAACCCACCACUGGACUGUGUGAAUUAGUAAACCAUGGUUAGGUUAGAGUUAGGGGGAUAGUAUGAUACAUGAACCCCACAGUUAAGCAUACCAGGUAAUAUUCCAAAUAUUUAGAACUAUAUUUGUGUCCUUCAGUUCUUUCAGAAUAAUGGCAGUUGAAAUCCAGACAGGUAAAGAAUGGUCAGGCUGGUGUAAACUCUGUUUAACUUCUCCAACAGGACAUAAUUCUUAAGCCUUCUGUUGAGGUUAGAAAUAUGUUCAUGAGGUAAAAAGGUGCAUCAGUAUUGCAGGUCUGAAGUACUUUCUUUGUAUUUUUUUUUAUUUGUGCAACAUACUCUCAUUGAUGGAAGUUAGAAGUAGACACAAACCAUAUAAAAACAUUUUUUAAAAAUAUGCUGUAUUAAGAUGACAAUAUUUUUAUGGUAUAGAAAAUGCUAACUGUUUUUGUAUCUGCUUUCUUGAUAUGUCAUUAUCUGUUCCAGCUAAUCUUUAAAGAACAUCAAAGAAGUCUUUUUUUUUUUUUACUUCCAUAAGUUGAUUAUACAUGUCCAGGAACAGUUUUUAGAAUGCUAAUUUAUGAUUACAGAUACCAUUUAAUUAUGCAAUGAGAUUUGACAAGUGGUUGUGGUCUUACAUAGACAUGUAAGAAAGUGUGUUUAUGAAAGCAGAAUGGGGAAAUCUAGAACUUUUGUCCUUGCCAAAUCAAUUAUUUUACAGGUGUGACAUAGUUUGGGGAAGGAGUCUACACAAACAAAUUUUUUUCUGUUGCAUUUCAAGAUCUCUCCCUUGAGUUGAGGGAGUAUCAAAUAGCUUUUCAGUGAUUAAAAAAACAAACAAUUCCCCUAAAUAAGGACAACACGCCAUAAAAUGAUUUCAUACAAGAUUGGUAUACAAUAUCUCUUUUCAGAGUAAUUAAAUAGAAAUGGUAUCAUUGCUAAAAGAGUUUUUGUAGUAAAAGAAAUGCAUUUCUCAAUCCAUAUAAUGCUAUUUGGAUAUUUGUAUUAUUUACAUCUCCGUAAUAUUUCACUCUAAAUGUAGUGUAGUAAUAUUUCUCUCUAAAUGUAGAGCAGAUGUUACAUCAAAGAAGUUUUAGAAAUUACACUGCUACUUUUACAAUGAAUUUGUAAAUGCUGUUUUCACUGUUUUGGUAAUAACUACCUUUCUUCAUUAAAAUAUGUCAAGAUUGA